AAAGCGUGGCAGGGGCCGGGCCGGGGAAGCGGAGGAGGCGGGUCUCCAUAGAAACGUCCACCUGUUUCCGGCCAGGCUGUGCGAGAUUAGGGGCUGCUGCGGGGGCCAAUCUCAGCUAACUCGCUUUUUCCCGGCGGCCUUUGCGGGAGCGGUGGGUGUUGUACACAAUCAUCAUGGCGGCGGCCGGAGCCCCGGAUGGCAUGGAGGAACCUGGCAUGGACACGGAGGCCGAGACGGUGGCGACCGAGGCCCCCGCGCGGCCCCUGAACUGCGUGGAGGCCGAAGCCGCGGCGGGGGCGGCGGCGGCCGAGGACUCCUGCGCGGCGCGAGGCAACCUGCAGCCAGCCCCGGCCCAGCCCCCUGGGGACCCUGCGGCCCAGGCCUCGGUCAGCAACGGCGAAGACGCCGGCGGCGGCGCCGGCAGGGAGCUGGUGGACCUGAAGAUCAUCUGGAACAAGACUAAACACGACGUGAAGUUCCCCCUGGACAGCACAGGUUCCGAGCUGAAACAGAAGAUUCACUCGAUUACAGGUCUCCCUCCUGCCAUGCAGAAAGUCAUGUAUAAGGGACUUGUCCCCGAGGAUAAGACGUUGAGAGAAAUAAAAGUGACCAGCGGAGCCAAGAUCAUGGUGGUUGGCUCCACGAUAAAUGAUGUUUUAGCUGUAAACACACCCAAAGAUGCUGCCCAGCAGGAUGCAAAGGCCGAAGAGAACAAGAAGGAGCCACUCUGCAGGCAGAAACAACACAGGAAAGUGUUGGAUAAAGGAAAACCCGAAGAUGUGAUGCCAUCUGUUAAGGGUGCCCAGGAGCGCCUGCCGACGGUACCCUUAUCUGGCAUGUACAAUAAGUCCGGAGGCAAAGUGAGGCUCACCUUCAAGCUAGAACAAGACCAGCUGUGGAUCGGCACUAAAGAGCGGACUGAGAAAUUGCCCAUGGGCUCCAUUAAAAAUGUGGUCAGUGAACCUAUCGAAGGACAUGAAGACUACCACAUGAUGAGCCGUUGGAGUAUUGCUUUACAGAGCUCAGUAAAUUUGCUAGAACGAUCUUGAGCUCUGGCUCCUGACCCUGUCUGCGUCGAGACCUUGCUGGGAGCCCUCGGGAAAGCAGAGGUGGACAGCACCAGAAGCCACUGGGAGAAGUAUUUGACUUAGAUCCACGUCUGGGUCACAGCAGUAUUCACGGUUUUGUCACUCGGUCCCGUGAGCGGUCUCUUCCUUAACCUUGUUUACGGUCCAGAAUGUACUGCCUAAAUCCGUGUUAGUAAAUGGAAGUCUUCAUCCCCAUAGGAGGCAUCACAGUGUUCGUUUUUCCUCAGGAUUGUUUCUCUGCACUUCCUUCCCUGUGGAGGGGGACGGGCUCCUUCCCCGGGGUCUUGCCCUCCCUUGCCAUUGCAGGAGACAUGCAGGUGGGUGGCAUCAGGAGGAGCCGGUUCGAGGAGGAGCUCCUGCAUGCAGGGAGCAGGCUAGAGGCUUGCCAUCUCUUCUGUGCAGGGUGCUUCUCUGAGCCUCCUGAGGGCUGCUGCCUCUUCCAGGGUCUGUGCUGGCACUCCUCCUGCAGGUUUUGGCUAACAGAUGUCAGGCCUUUCUUUCCCUCUCUGAGGCCACUUGGCAGAGUCACUACCAGGUAACCCCGGCCAGGGCCCAGGCAGAUUUGCACAGCUCUGUCUCUGUCUGUCUGGGCCUCUGAAAAGCAGACUCGUGAGUUGCUGGACUCUCUGGGAUGAAGUAUUUUAAUUGAAGCGGGGCCUUUGGCAAGUAGUGUUGGCUCUUUUUUGGCAUGGUUGAACUGAGAUAAGGGAGCCCUGGUGGAAAAAACAGCAGGGGCUGGCAAGGCCUUAGUAGCCUCCUUAGCUGCUGCUCUACCUUACAGAGGGCCAAAGAGACCGACUCUGCCACUUUGCCAUGUCUCAGAAAAAGUUGCCAUAUUUCAGCCAGAAGGGACUUGCUUUCCUCUUUCUCUUCCUAACCAUGUGCCUGGAGGCGCCAUCCUGGACUCUUGCACUUGGCCUUCCCGUUCUUUGCUGGGGCAGCAAAGGGGAAGGGAUAGACACCGUGUGCCAGGGCCGUGUAGGGCAGGCUUUCUUUCCACCCCGACUUCUGGGGGAGACCUUUCUCUUGCUCCUUGCUGCUCUGUUCAUGCCUGUUGUCUUGGAAAAGGGUGGUCCCUUUGUCUUAAGGCUCUGUGAGGAAGUCCUCUCCAGUCAGGAUUGGCACCUGUUUCCUUCCUAAUAGGGCCGGGUGGCCUCUCUGAAGUUACAGGUGGUCAGGAGCCCUCCAAAGUGCAGAACAUCUGGCACAUCUACCUGCCAGGCUGGGUGGUUCUACUGCUUUCUAAAUUUCUAAAAAAAAACCUCUUUCCUUUUCUUUCUUAAAGAGUUCUGCAGAAUUAUUUGACAAUAUACGUAAGUACCAUGUUUCCUUGUGGUGUGCGCUCUGUUCUGGUUUCUGUUUUUAAAUCAAAUGCCUGUUUGGGAGGAGAUGAACGUAUUUAGUCUAUUAGAUCUGCGCUGCUGGAUUUUUUUUUUUUUUAAAGUGUAACCUUGACUAGCUGUCUUAUUGUUUAUCCUGUAAGAUUAGUCUAUCAAUUAAAGUUUGAUAAUUAA